UUAUUUUAUUUGAUCCGUGACGUCAUUGACAUGCGCCGGUGCAACUCUCGAUCUGUGCACGAUAAAGGGCACUAGUGGUUGGUGAUCAUAAAAACACGUGCCUUCACCCUUCAUACAUUUAACCCAGGUAGAAAACUGGUUUUGUUGCUGUUUUUCUAAUAACUUUUGGCUAUCAAUUAGCUACGGAUGACUUGUAAAAACAGGGACCGAAAACUGAACUAACAGACUUGUCGCUCGGUGAAGUUGUCUCUGCGAGCGCCCGCUAAGCAUGUUUGUUUACUUGGGGAAUCCGGAAGGGCCUGAGGCUGCCUGCAAAUGCUAACGCGCCCGCUAGCUCCAUUGUGCAACGUUCGUUCAUCUGACAGUGUUGACCUUGCAGCGGUUAUGGCUGCAUUGGGUUCCUGAUUGAACACACACAUCAUGGCAACUGAGGCUGCAGUCUCCACCCCUGGUCGUCCUGCAAUCCCCAACCACUCUCAGGGGGACUAUCACUUUGUCCGCUCCUUCGUAGCUGGAGGUGUAGCUGGAUGCUGUGCCAAGUCCACCAUCGCUCCUCUGGACAGAGUAAAGAUCCUACUGCAAGCCCAUAGCCCCCACUACAAAGAUCUGGGAGUGGUAGCCACUCUCCGUGCUGUGCCAAAGAAGGAGGGUUACCUGGGGCUGUAUAAAGGCAAUGGGGCUAUGAUGGUCAGGAUAUUCCCCUACGGAGCCAUCCAGUUCAUGGCCUUCGACAAAUACAAGAAGAUCCUCAGUAAACAGCUGGGCAUCUCUGGACACAUCCACAGGCUAAUGGCCGGUUCUAUGGCAGGGAUGACAGCAGUGAUAUGUACGUACCCUCUGGAUGUGAUAAGAGCCCGUCUGGCAUAUCAGGUGAAAGGACACCAUCGCUACACAGGCAUCGGAAAUGCCUUUCAGACGAUAUACCUAAAGGAAGGAGGCAUCCCUGGCUUCUACAAAGGUCUCAUCCCAACCCUUAUAGGCAUGGCUCCAUAUGCAGGGUUCUCGUUCUUUACCUUCGGCACACUGAAGAGUCUAGGUCUGGCCCACUUCCCAGAGCUACUGGGGCGACCGUCCUCAGACAACCCAGAGGUGAUGGUGCUGAAGACCCAUGUCAACCUGCUCUGUGGAGGGGUGGCUGGAGCUAUCGCACAGACCAUUUCCUAUCCUCUAGAUGUUGCCAGGAGAAGGAUGCAGUUAGGAGUGGUGCUUCCUGAUUCUGACAAAUGUCUUACCCUGACCAAGACUCUGAAGUAUGUGUACAGUCAGUAUGGGAUGAAGAAGGGUCUGUACAGAGGGCUGUCUCUCAACUACAUCCGCUGUGUGCCCUCUCAGGCUGUGGCCUUCACCACCUAUGAGUUCAUGAAGCAAACCCUCCACCUCAACUAGCUGCUCCCUCCCCAUCCAUCCAACUCCACCCUUCAUCUCUGCAUAGCUGGAUUGGGGCACGUUCACUAAGGCUAAACACUCUGAAACGUUUAGAGAGCAAAAGAUCUCUAGUAGCGGUCUAUCUCAAAACAGCCUGACCAAGAGCAAUCACUGGGGCUAUACAUUCUGAAAUGUUUAAGAACUUCCUUAGAAACUCUCUGCAUCUCAACACAACCUGACCGGGGAACUAUAAAUUGGACAACAUUUUUCUGAAUGUCUUUCAGUGCCCUGAAUAUUCCUUAUUAGAUAUGUUAAUUUACCCUAGUUAACCUUUUCUGUUUUAAGGAGUUCGGCUUCUGCUUGGAGUUAUUGAACUCUGCUACCAGAGGAGGCCAUUGAGGCUCAGCCACUGGAGCCACGCUGAGCCCAGUCGCUCUUUGCCCCAGUCGGAAAGCAGAUAAAAGCACUGGGCCCCAUGGCAAUGCCUCAAACAACUGGCAGUGCCAAUCCAGUGCCCCUGUCUGUUCUCAGCUCCUGCUUUUGUGAUUCUUAUGUCGUUCUAAAACCGCCCAACCUGUGGCUGUGGACAACACCGCCGGCAACUAUUGCCAUGGAUACCUAUGGACAAUGACUCUCUCUGCUUCGAUGAGUGGCUAUGUGCAAUGAACCCCUAACAACUGUCGUUGGUAAUGGCAUAGCAACCCAAUUCUGUACACUGCCUCCCACCCUACCUAAGAAGUCACACAGACAAUAACGGAGGGGAAAGUCACACUGGGCAAUCUGCCUUAACAUAAUCGGAGGUCUUCUUUUCCUCAUGUACCUACCUGACACUUGUGAGUACAAACCUAGACACAUAAAAUAAUGAGACAAGGAUUUAAAUGUGUAAUAUGUCCGUUUUUAUAAGAGUUAUAGGACAACUCCUACAUUUUAUGAGCAUUAAGAACACUCUCCCCAAGUUUGUUUAACACAGAACUGUGCUUUUUGAGCGUCCUGAGUUUAGUAGAAUCCAAAUGAUAAAAUCCCCAAACAUCACAUUCAGUUUGUUCAAAACUGAACAUCAAAUUGUAUUAUUUUGAUGGUCUCCAAAAAGUCUUAUUGUCGGACAUUGAAACAGGUUUGCCCCAUGCAGUUUAACAGAUAUAACAGGUGUGUAUCUGUAGGAGUGUUGUCUUUGGUAUUGACGUGUGUGUGUCCAUUCAGGGUUUAAUGUGUAGUAAGUCUCUUCUCUACUGUGCAGGUUUGGGGUCCAAUACCUUGUUGUAUACAAGUUGCUAUUUAUGUAUUGUGUUCCUAUCCACAAAGCCUCUGUGCACUUUGCCAAUCUAUAUAUCUAAAUGCAACAGAGACAUAGGACACAUAGUGUCUGAAAUGCCAACCUAUUCCCUAUAUAGUGCACCAGUCAGGCUCUGGCCUAAAGUAGUGCACUAUAUAGGGAAAAGGGUGUCAUCUUGGACAUAACCAUGGCUGCUAGUCAGUUUUUACUUUAACCAGGCUGGCUUGUCAUUGGCUACGACGUGACAAUGUUGGGUACAAGGCAGUGGUGUAGCAUGCAGAAACAGUCAUGUUCUCGGGCUAAUGAUGCUGUGUACCUACCCGAAGAGGAUAUCUGUUGAGGAAAGAGUCUAGCAGGGUUGCAAAAUCCAACUUUCCCAGAAAUUCCAGUUGGAUGAUUUUGAUAUUGUUCCUGUAAGAUGACAAUGAACUGAGGUAGGUUAUGGACUGACAGUGGUGGUUUUUAACAUGUUGUGUUUUCUUUACCUCUUGCCUACAUUUCCCUGUGUUCAGGUGUGUGUUGCGGGGUGUAGAAAGCAUUUGUCAGCUACUGAUCAAGAUCUAGACACUAGUAUUAAAAUAUGUGCUAUAUAAUGUAUCCUAUGUAAGAGUUGCUAUGUAGUUUAAGCACCCAAAUGGAAACCUGAGUUAAGUACUUCAAGGGGGGGAAAACUAGCACUUUGGAGCCUUUGGCUUUUUUGUGGUUAUUUAUGAAAGUGUAGUGUGACUGUGUGGCCACAAGGUGUCCACAAUGAGUCAGUAAUACGUUUAUCGACAACGAUCAUCUGUAGCCUGCCCUGCAUGUAACUGGACAUUACCAUGCUGAAGCCUUCAUAACCACUACUACAGCGACGUAUGUAAUUCUGAUCUGUCCAUGUAUCAUCAUGAUGACUUUCGAUAUGUCAUUUUCCUCUUGGUUUGAAUGUACAUUGUGCAGCAUCUGUGUUCUGCACCCGUAUUCAUGAAGGGUCAGUUUUGCCUUUUCGAUCAUAAUGAAUAAGAGGGGGAUCUGAUGUCAGCACUAGUGCUUCAUGACAAUAUGCUCUGUUCUACUCUUGUUUAUCAAAAUUAUGUAAGGAAGUCAUAAGAAUCAUAAUGCACAUCUCACUGGUCUCAAGUCGCUUCCUUUCCCAAUCUACUGUACUUUCCGUCACCUGCACUGAACGAGCUAGAUGGGUAAAAGCUACUUCCUGGUAGCACAUUGUUUUCCCAGACUUAUUCCACUUAAGAAAAUAACUGCUACUUUUGAUUUAUAAAAGUUUAAAUUCGCUAUUCAGAAACGUCUGAGAAAAGUCACUCUCCCACUAGAACAGCGUUGCCCAAACUCUGUCAUAUUGGGACCCCAAGGGGUGCACAUUUAGUUUUUUCGCACUGCACAGCUGAUUCAAAUAAUAAACAAAUCAUUAAGCUUUGAUUAUUUAAUAUGCUGUGUAGUGCAGGGGCAAAAACCAAAACAUCCCCAGGACCGAGUUUGGGAAACGCUGAGCAAGAAUGAAUAAUAUUGAUAGGACAGGCGCUUGUCAGUCACAAUGUGAGCGAUGACAGGGAAACACUGCUGGUUUGACAAUCUGCUGUCUGUCUCACCUCCAGGUACCUGUGGGAUUUGUGUGCGCUGUGGUUGGUUUGAAGUCAAAUUUCUUUACAGAUAGCAAGAUGCGCCUUCAUCGUGGUACCGAUGAGUCGAAAUCCACUGAGCCUAAUUAUUGUCUUCUUGCUAAUGUGUUUUAUUUUGUGUGUUUCCUAUAGCCAGCCACGGAAUCGUGAUGCAUAGGCUAUUUACAGUGCUUUGAUUGACGACCGAACAGCAAAUGUUGACGUGUCAAACUGACUGAAUAAAAGUGAUCACCUAUAUCCCUUUGAAAUUCAUAAAUCAUACAACGUAGUUAUAUGUUCAUGGGAUCGCUCCUGGACAAGGUAACCAAAGAUCUCGUUUGUAUUUUCCUAGGAUAUGAAGUCCAUGUCGGGACUUUCCAGAUAGUGGCGCAAAAUGGAGUGUGACAAGUCAGUGUACCGAAUCGCGUCAGUGAGAGAACUGUUCAUUUGGCUCCCUCUUUUGCAUACUGGUAUAAAAAAUAAAAAAAUUAAGUCAAAGAAGGUGAAUCCUCGCUGCAGGAACAAUGGGUAGUGGAGCAGAGCCUAAUUUUGUUCUAAAUAUGCUCAUUUUACUUUAAUUCAUUUCUGUAAAAUCAUUAAGAUAUAAUACUUAAGACUGAUAUAACACUUAUUUUUUUCAAUUUAUUUUUCAAGAUAAUGUGCCUUAUUUACUUUAAAUUGAACAACAAACAAUUUUUGCAAUUUAUAUAUUGCAGUAAAACUGUAAAUACAACUUUAAACCUGUCUUCCCUUAAGAUUAAUGUUAAAGGUUUUAAUGUUUGCCACUUAGAAAAUAGCCCUGAUCAUAUAAGCCUAGAAAAUAUCCAAAACAACUAACAAUACACUGAAUUCACACAUCUUCUGUAUUUUAAAUUGUAAAGUCAUGUCUUUUUACACAAUACCUCAACAAAUUUUACCAAUCUGGGAUGUAUACUUGAUCAAGUAUUCAAUCAUUUUGCUGUGUAUUUGAGAUGUAAUCAAGGCAUUAGAUUGUACCAGAGGCCACAAAAAAUGGAGCUCGUUCGGCCAGGAAUGGCUACUUUUUCUACUUGGCUGGCUAGUCUGUAGUGAGGGAAAACACUACAGGCAGCUUUACAUAUUGCUUUCACCCAUUCUGUGUGUUCAGAUCAGUGCAGAUGAAUGCGAGGCGAGGAAGACACUAGGCUAUUGAGAUGCACCCUCAAACUUUCACAGGCGGUGGAUACAUGAAUGCCAAGCGACAAAGGGGGAGGUAGUACUUGCAUGUUACAGUGCUAUAACAAAAAAGUAAAACCAUACUUUCUGUGGAGCACUAAUGCCCUGUCCCAAUGAUCAUCUCUCUCCUAUGAGAUUAUGUUUACCUAUGAUUUCU